AUGACUUCUGAUGCCCUCCUAGACCUGCUCUCUACUGGGCACGCAGGCAUUCCAAACUAUUACUGUGGGAAGACGAAUAAUCUGUUGGCUGUUCUUGAAGAUGCUGAACCUGAUAUUUCUAGAUAUAUGUCAACUGUGUCAAGCAUCUACAAAAUCCCACAGGCAAGUUAUGGAUACACUGUUCAUGCUCUUCAUGAUAAAACUCAGUUCCCCUUCUUCUACCAGAUGGCCCCCAAAGUAGACCCCCAGAAUCUGGGGAUUGUCCAACUGCUCCUACACUUCAGAUGGACGUGGAUUGGUCUCUUUGUUCCAGAGAAUGACAACGGAGAGUGGUUCCUGAGUAUCCUGACAGCUCUGAUGAUCAAGAGCAGCAUUUGUGUUGCCUUCUCAGAAAGCAUCCCAAGGCAGACCACCGCAAUGUUUUCCAUCCGUACCGCUUCACUUUUCAUGUGGGCACAAGUCAACGUAUAUGUGUAUUAUGGGGAGAUCCGCUCCUUUCUUGGUCCACUAGAUAUGAUACAACAGAUAAUUGUACAGUUGAUGAAACCCAUUGUGGGGAAAGUCUGGAUCACAACAGCUCUAUGGGACAUUGCCUUGCCUUUGGCUCACACUAAUGUCAAUUUCCAGCACAUCCAAGGGUUUUUUUCCUUCUUAGUCAGAAACCAAGGAAAGGCAAAAUUGGGCAAGUAUGAACCACUUUCUGCUGUCACAAAAAUUGUGAAGGAAGCCUUUCGCUGUGUCUACUUAAAACCAGUGUUGUCUGUGAGAGGGCGUAUAAGGUGCAGGGAAAAAGAGAAUCUGGAGACCCUGGACCAGGAUGCAUUGAAAGAAAGCCUGUCUUUUGAAAGCUACAACAUUUACAACACUAUCCAAGUUGUGGCCCAUGCCUUAAAUGCUGCUUAUUCAUCUGGAUCCAGGUGGAGAAGGGUGACGGGUGGAGAGAGGCUAGAAUUUCAAAGGCUAAAGGCCUGGCAGACACUUCCUCAGGCAAGGUGCACUGACAGCUGUCGCCAGGGAUAUUCCAUGGAGGUUCGGGAAGGAGAGCCAAUUUGCUGCUAUAAUUGUGUUGCCUGUGCAGAAGGGACCAUCUCCUCUCAAGAAGAUGCAGAACACUGCACCAAAUGUCCAGAUGAUCAGUAUCCAAACAAGGAUCAGUUUCAAUGUAUUCCCAAACUGAUCACCUUUCUGGCUUAUGAAGACUCUUUGGGAAUAGUCCUGGCGUCCAUUGCUCUAUUCUUGUCCUUAACCACUGUCUUUGUGUUAAGAGUCUUUAUUAAAUACAAACACACUCCCAUAGUCAAAGCCAACAACCGGGAUCUCUCCUACAUCCUCCUGGUCUCCCUCCUGCUCUCCUUCUUGUCCUCCUUCCUGUUCCUUGGGCAGCCAAGAGAAGCCACCUGCCUUCUCCAGCAAAUAACCUUCUGUGUGAUCUUCACAGUUGCUGUUUCUUCUGUGUUGGCAAAAACCAUCACGGUGGUGCUGGCCUUUCUGGCUACAAAGCCAGGGAACAGGGUGAGGAGAUGGCUGGGGAAGAGUCUGGCCAACUCCAUUGUCCUUUCCUGUUCCAGUGUCCAAGUUGUCAUCUGUACCAUCUGGUUGGGAUACUCACCCUCGUUUCCAGACUCUGACAUGCACUCCCAGAUGGGAGAAAUUAUUCUGCAAUGUAACCAAGGGUCUGUGGCCAUGUUCUAUGGUGCCCUCGGCUACAUGGGCUUCCUGGCUGCCAUCUGCUUCACGGUGGCUUUCCUAGCCAGGAAGCUGCCUGGGGCUUUUAAUGAAGCCAAGCUGAUCACCUUCAGCAUGCUGGUCUUCUGCAGUGUUUGGGUGUCCUUUGUUCCCACCUACCUGAGCACCAAGGGGAAGUACAUGGUAGCUGUGCAGGUCUUCUCUAUGUUGGCCUCUAGUGCUGGGCUUCUAGGCUGCAUCUUCAUUCCCAAGUGCUACAUUAUCAUCCUCAGGCCUGAUCUGAAUACAAAGGAGCACCUGACGACAAAUGCUAAGGAUAGCAUCUGA